AGUAUUUUGUCGGUAGAUGGCAGUAUAACCCAAGACUAUAUAAAACGUGCCCCGUCCGUAAUCCACCUCUUAGUUGCCAUACUGUUUUAACAGGCGGCAUAUUGUACAUUCUCAGAUUUAUCUUUAAAUUGCUGUGGUGCAGUCCCUGAUCCACCGAGAUGGUCAAGGAAGAUAAAUCAACCUGGAAAGCCAACUAUUUCAUCAAGAUCAUUCAAUUGCUUAAUGAAUAUCCAAAAUGCUUCAUCGUCAAUGCAGACAAUGUUGGCUCCAGGCAGAUGCAGACCAUCCGUAUGUCACUCAGGGGCUAUGCAGUUGUCCUCAUGGGUAAAAACACAAUGAUGAGAAAGGCCAUAAGAGGUCAUUUGGAGCACAAUGCAGCCCUUGAAAGGUUGCUACCACACAUUAAGAACAAUGUUGGUUUUGUGUUCACUAAGAAUGACUUGGCUGAUAUCAGGGAUAGAUUGCUGAAUAACAAGGUGAAAGCUCCUGCUCGUGCUGGUGCUGUUGCUCCUUGUGAUGUGUUGAUACCUGCUCAAAAUACAGCUCUUGGUCCUGAAAAGACUUCUUUCUUCCAAGCUUUGUCUAUCCCAACAAAAAUCUCCAGGGGUACUAUUGAAAUCUUGAAUGAUGUCCGUUUGAUAAAGGAAGCUGAUAAAGUUGGUGCUUCCGAGGCUACAUUGCUGAACAUGUUGAACAUCUCACCAUUUUCAUAUGGUUUGGUCAUUGAGCAAGUGUAUGACUCUGGAACUGUUUUUGCACCUGGUGUAUUGGACAUUACUGAUGAUGAUAUCCGUAAGAAGUUCAUGUCUGGUGUGACAAAUGUUGCCAGCUUGUCUCUGGCUAUUGGGUAUCCAACUUUGGCUUCUAUACCACAUCUUCUUGUCAAUGGCUUCAAAAAUCUGGUUGCUAUAUCUUUGGAAACAGAUAUUGAAUUUGAAGAAGCAAAAGAGAUCAAAGAGUUGUUAUCAGAUCCUGAAAAGAUGGCAGCUGCUCUGGCAGCAAGUGCUGCUACUACUGCUGCUGCAGCUCCAUCUACCCCUGCAGCAGAAGAAAAGAAGGAAGAAAAAGUGGAGUCUGAAGAAGAGUCUGACGAGGAUAUGGGUCUUGGCUUGUUUGAUUAAAGAUGAAAAUAAACAUCACCUUCAUCUUAAA